CCGAAAGGGACGGAUCGGGAUCUGGCGCGCGCGUUUUAAGUGUGUGUCUUUCUGUCUCGCUCCAGUCUCUCUAUCUCUUUUUCUCUUUCUCGUUCCGUUCUCGCUCCGCGGAGUCCACCACCGUCGGAUUCACGGAUAGGAACGACGGAUAUUUCGACAUAGGUAGAAUUUCUACGCACAAUCGAACAAGGCCCGGGAACGUGAGUGAAUUAAUAAGAGUGGCGAAAAAGUUAUCGUGUUUUACGGUUUUACCUCCUGCGGGGAACUCGGCGAUUUCCAUAACCGUAGGAUAAUUCGCAGCUGCUUCUUCGGCCGGCAAAUGGCACGCCGUUUUUAAUCAGUCAUGGAAAUACGCGAGGACACUACGCCGUCUUGACGAUCGCGUUUGUACGAUUGCUUACGAUUUGGUUAUCUCGACACGUUGGAUAACGAGAUAUAUGUACGAUACGAUGCGAUACACGAUAUAUUAGACGAAAAAGGGACGCUGAUAUCGCCUUUUCGAAACAAGGUGUAUCGUUGUACCUGACGAUCGAUCUCUUUUAUCGUACCUUGGUGGGUGCAGAUUUAAUAAUCCUGCAUUGUAAAUCAGUGUGUGAUUUUGUGUGUGUCCAUAUGUGUGUUCCCUUCGAUGAUAUUCGCCGUUUUCAACGUCAUUUUUAUUUCACUUGUCAAUGGUGUUGCGCAUCAGUGAAAUACGAGGAGCCCGGUGAUCAUCGACUAAUCGCUAAGCUGCAACAGCAACGGGUGGAACAGAUUUCUUCCAGUAUUCAAAGAACCUGCUGCGUGUGAUUCAAAAGUUCCUCCGUAACGUCCAAGAUAAAUAUGACAAAUACGCUGUAUAUUGAAUAAGAAGAAGAAGAAGAAGAAGAAAGAAAAAUCGAGCUCUACGAUAUUCGAGUAAUAAAUAAAUAAUAUUCAAAUAACAAGCGCACGGUUUCGAUCAAACGACAUUCAAAUUCUCACAAAACGCGCCCGAAACACGAAGCAAUAAAGAGAAUAGGAGAGGAAAAGCAACGCGGAGAUCGAGAUCGUCUAGCAAUUAUCGUAAUUACAGCCCUGGAAUACGUAAAUCAAAUUGAGAUAGGCAACUGUAGUGUAUAAAAAUUUGAAAUAUUUUGUGAGGUGUUGAGCAGGAGAUAGUUCGUUUCGAAUAAAGGAUACAGUAUAAAAUAUCUCUCAAGUGUUUUGUGCGUGCGGAUCCGACCCUCUGCAUCUCAGUGGAAGUGCUGCAGUUUUAUACGUUCUCUUACUGGAUAUAAGAUAGAUCGAUAGAUACGUACGUUUGUUGUCCUGUCUAUCUAUCUAAUCGUCAUUUUUCGUUCGCGGAUUUAUGUUUCGCUGUUCAUCAACUUGUGGUUCCUGUUGUUGUUUGUUGUUUUAGUUUAUGAUUGUGACAGUGAAUUUUUAUGGUUUCGUUUCCGUUCAAUUGUUGUUGGUGUGUUCAACGUUUCAUUGUUGUUCUGUUAUAUCUGGAGAUUCUUCUUGAGUAACGGACUCAACGCCACGUCAACGAUCGAGAAUAGCUGAAGUACACCUCAGGAUGGAGUGCCGUUGGGCUCGGCGGAAAGGCCUUUUUGCAGGUUGCAUACUUUUCCUCCUACUGCUCCAACUGCUCGUCGGUAGUCGCACGGUUGAUGCGAGAAAUUCUGAGAGGUACGAUGCCGCCUACGAGUGCGAGGGAAAAACCCUGACGAUCGAGUGCGGCGAGGGUGAACUUAUUCACCUUAUAAGAGCCAACUACGGCCGGUAUUCGAUAACGAUAUGCAACGAGCACGGGAACACGGACUGGAGUGUCAACUGCAUGUCGACUAAGUCGUUCAGAGUGCUCUUCGACAAGUGUGAUCAAAAACGGAAUUGCAGUAUCGUUGCUUCGACUUCGCAAUUCGGCGAUCCUUGUCCAAAUACGCUUAAGUAUUUGGAAGCACACUAUCAGUGCAUGUCUGCCGCAACAACCACCACCACUUCACGACCCAGUCCUCCGUGGCUCAUAACUUCGCAGCCGAGUGUCUGGAGCACCGCUAAACCGACCGUCAGGCCAUUUUCCAGAAAUACUGCACCGGUUCAGCCCCCACCGCCUCCGACACCACAGACGCCAGCCGUCAUCCCUACCACUUUACCGAGUCCCACGACGACUCCGUCCAAGGCAAUUAUCGGUGACGGUUACAACGACGAGGACACAUCAUCGCCUGGUAAUGGUCUGGGUGCACCAGUUCCUCCAUUGAUGUCUGAAACGACCCAAGUCUCGCCAACGACAUUGUCCCCGUGGCGAACGAGUCGUCGAACAACCGUUCCGAGCACCCUCUGGCCGGAGUCCAGCUCAAACGGACAGUGGUCAGACUACACGAAACGCCUUUGCAAGCCGGUAAAGGCGAGAAAUCUGUUCUGGAACACGACGCGGGCGGGUGACGUAGCCGUACAAACCUGCCCUGGUGGAGCGACGGGAAUCGCAAGAUGGAAGUGCGUCGAUCAGGGUGACACGGCCGUUUGGUAUCGGGGCACUCCCGAUCUCAGCGAGUGUCGAUCCGUCUGGCUGACGGCGUUGGAGAACCGCGUGGAGGACGGUGACGUUAUUCUAAGCGUAAGCAGCGAGCUGUCUCAAGUGACGAAUAACAGCCGGGUUCUGUACGGCGGGGACAUGAUGAUCACUACGAAGAUCAUCAGGAACAUGGCCGAGAAGAUGAAGGACAACCUGAAGACCUACUCCGACCUCAGACAGCAAGAGGUUGCCGUGAGGGAACUACUUCAGGGCGUUAUCAUAACAGGUAGCAACUUGUUGGACAAGACCCAGCUUCCUUCGUGGAAGGAUUUGAGCCAUCAGGAGCAAAUGAGAGUUGCCACAUCGCUGCUCAACGGGCUUGAAGAGAACGCUUUUCUUCUGGCGGAUGCCUACGAGCAGGAGAACACGAUCGUUCAAAAAGGAGAAAACAUACUCGUGUCGAUCAGGAUUCUCGAGGCUCGCAAUAUAGAGAAAAACCUCGAAGUAUUUCCGAGCCAAAAGGUGCUCAGAGAGUGGCCCGUCUCCAACGAUCACGUAGAGCUUACGAAAGGGGCGCUUCUGGACAACAGUGACAACGGUAUCAUCCGUUUGGUCUUCAUGGCCUUUGACAGGCUCGAAGAAAUACUUCAGCCCCAGGCGGAGACCUCGUCUAUAGUCGGACACGACGACUCUCAGUUCAGGCCGAAGAACACAACCAGAAUACUGAACACCAAGGUGAUAUCGGCGUCUUUGGGCAAAGGGAAGCACAUCCAGUUGUCGGAACCCGUUAAAUUAUACUUCAAGCAUCUGACCGUUGAAAACGUGACUAAUCCAAGCUGCGUCUUUUGGGAUUACACGAUAAAUGCAUGGUCCGAGGAAGGAUGUCACGUUCACCUCACCAACAGCACCCACACCGUAUGCGAGUGCAAUCACCUAACAAAUUUCGCUGUACUGAUGGACGUCCACGCAAUUAAAUUGGACACGGCGCAUCAAGUCGCUCUUCAAAUCAUUACGUACAUCGGGUGCAUAAUUUCUGUAAUUUGCCUCGUCCUCGCCAUACUUACGUUCCAACUUUUCCGCGGACUCAAGUCCGAUCGAACGAUCAUACAUAAGAACCUCUGUAUCUGCCUGCUGAUAGCUGAGGUUCUUUUCGUUUGUGGUAUCGGUCAAACUGAUCAGAGAAUCGUUUGUGGCGUCGUCGCUGGAUUGCUUCACUUCUUUUUCCUCUGCGCGUUCGCGUGGAUGUUCCUCGAAGGGUUUCAACUUUACGUCAUGCUGAUCGAAGUGUUCGAGGCGGAGAAAUCCAGACUUCGAUGGUACUACUUGGUCGCUUAUGGCGCUCCGUUACUCGUAGUAGCAAUUUCCUGCAUCAUCGACCCUCUGAGCUAUGGAACUGAUCGUUACUGCUGGUUGAGAGCCGACAACUAUUUCAUCUUCAGUUUUGUGGGGCCCGUGAUACUCGUUAUUCUGGCGAAUCUCGUCUUUCUAUCCAUGGCAAUAUACGUGAUGUGUCGUCACUCAAACACCGCCAUAUCCAUGAAGAGCAAGGAGCACUCAAGAUUAGCUAGCGCAAGUGGAAAGGAAGAGAAUGCUCUUCCCAACAAAUUGCAAGCGCACUUGGCCUGGCUGCGAGGAGCAAUCGUUCUAGUCUUUCUCCUGGGACUGACGUGGACCUUUGGAUUGUUGUACUUGAAUCAAGAAUCGGUAGUGAUGGCUUACAUAUUCACAGUACUGAACAGUCUCCAAGGAUUGUUCAUCUUCGUGUUCCACUGUGUGCAAAACGAGAAGGUGCGGAAAGAAUACCGUAAGUUUAUCAGGCGCCAUUCAUGGCUGCCAAAGUGUCUCCGAUGUUCGAAGACCGUCUCGGGCAGCUCAGCCGGCUCUUCGGGGACAAGCGGAGGCGUCGCCGGGACGAAUGGCGGCAAGGAAUUCGCCUCCCACAACACGUCGUCAAAUCCGUCGGCACCGACGACGGACAGCUCGGGAUUGUCUCCUCACGCAGCAGCUAGCUACUUGGUGUCCGGGCGCGGUUGGGUUACGACUGACAGACAACAAUCGGCGGUGCUGCCCCCAGCCGCCUGCACAACCAAUUCUCAACGCGAACCUCCUUCGUCGGAAGCUCAUAUCGUAGCAACGCUGCCUCACGCCCGAAACAACUUUCCCUCAGCUCUUAAUAUCCCUAAAUCUGCGACCGCCACUUGGGGACCUCUUAACAAAAACCUCAUGUGGAAGAACAUUUCUUUUAAAUCGUGUUCCCGGGAUUCCGGUCACGGAGGAUCGGAGCAAGAAGACUCGCCGCGUACUCACAGCACGAUGACCUUGUCGCACGGAAGGACCCGUGAUCGAAGAAUGGUCGGCGACCUUGGCGAGGCGACGACGCGAUCAGGGCGACGGGCGGCGUCUCCUUACAACCACACGUACACGGAGAUAAGGGACGGACGGGGAGGGCAUCACCAGGUCCACGGACAUCACGGUCAGCACGUCCACCUCCCACGGGGAAUGGUGGCCGGCGAGGACGACCCGGUAUACGAGGAGAUAGAACGAGGAGGUGGUGAAAUCCAGGUAUCCGACAUGUCGGACGAGGACGGGAGGCGGCAGAGCGACAUGAGCAGACAGUCAUCGCGGAGCUACGGCGAUCAUCGUCCGCUGAUUCCUUACUCGCCGGCGAACGACAGGAACCUCGUUCACUACGGCCAGACGAUAGACAACAGAGGCGCCCCCCAGCACUCCGUCGGUAAUCCAGCCGAGUACAGUCCCGGGCAAGAGCGUAACGCGGCGAACAACUGCUGGGAGAAACUCAGACGGUAUCAGGCCAGGUACGAGCUUGGCGAGUUGUCAAGACUACCGGGAAAUUACGGACUCCCGCCUCUCCAGCAGGACCACAGUAGAACGGUUGCGGUUUUGAACGGACACACCGUAGUUUGUCACCUUCAGCCACAGACCGACAUGUAUACCGGUCGCAACAUGCCCCCACCUUCCUACAGCGAGUGUUGAGGGAUUGAUAAUUUUCCCCGAUCGUCUCUAUUGCGUAUGUACACUUUGCUUUGAACGGGGGCCUGGACGAUGGUGAACCGAUGUGCUUGGGUCUCGCUAAUUUUAAUGUACGGAGGUGGCCGAACGUUUGUAGAUAUAUUAUGUAAUAGCAAUGCCGCCUCCGGAUCACACAUUAUUCAUUAUAGAUACACACGGGCACACCUCUCUUAUCUCCCCAAACGGCUCGAAUCGAGGGCUAAAGAAAUAAACUUACCGUGAUUUACUGUGUACGCAUUACAUAUAUGUAUAUAUAUAUAUAUCUAUAUAUAGGUAUAUUAUACAUAUAUACAUA